AUGGCGCUUGAACAAGCAAUAAAGAGAGAAAGCGAACGAUUUCAAGCUUUAUUCAAUCGUUUGUCUGAUACUCAAUGGAGUGACACCGGAAUUGUCGAAGCUAAAACCUACUUAGCCGAUUGCCAAAAUUAUGCUCGAAUCACACAGGAUAAAAUCACCGAAUUCAAUACAGCGGCUGAGAGAGAACACAAGCGUUUACUGGCUAUCAAAGGACAUGGACUUCGACAUGUAUGGUACAAAGUACAAGGUAAACUAGAAGAACGAUUAGGCGAACAAGAAAAGGUCUGGCUGAAAGAAUUCGAAAAAUGUAAGCAAGAAGAAGAACAUCUGAUCGAGCUGAAGAAGGAAAUUCAUUCUGCUGCCAAAUAUUUACAUGAAUGUCAAAUAACUCAUGAUGAAUUUGUCAAAACUAAGCGCAUGUUAGACGAAAUGUUAGAACAUUUCUUUUCCGGUGAAACGCCCUCCUAUCCCGAUGAAGAUUUCAUGGAACAAAAUCUCAAGAAACAACAGGAACAAUUAACAAGUUUACAAACUCAACACCGACUUUUAACAAAUGUUUUUCAAUUAUUACACAGCGCGCAUCAGUCGAUCAUCAUCGCCCGUCAUGCACUGCAUGAUGCGAUCAAAAUGAACACGUUCGACUUAGCUGCCAAAUCUUCGUUUGCUGAUAUGGCUGCUAAUUCAAACUUGGCUCGAGCUAGAAAUGCGACGAUUCGCGCACAAGAUCUAAUCGAUGAAGCCAAACGUGUGUCUCCCAACAUCAGACAUAUUGCUGAUUUACGUAUACGACAAGAUAAUCUGGUUUUCAAUCUUAUGUUCGACAAUAUUUGGACGGAUUUGAAUAUGAGAUUCAGGAUUGGUGAAGCCUUGCAGCGACUCUCACGUGCCGAUACACUGAUUAUGGACACUUCGAUCGUUGUCAAAGAACAACUAUCAAGAUGCGAAAUCGAUCGGAACAAGAAAAGUGAAGAUGUCAAACGUUUAGCCGUAGAACAUUUCACUGCAAGAAUUACCAUUGUAAAAAACAUUCUCGAACCUUCAAUUUCCAAUACUUCAGUAGUCUAA